AUGCAACUCAAGGCCAUCCUAACGGCCCUGGUGGGCGCAGCCAUGGUUGUAGAUGCCGCUGAUAUGCGCCGCUCGCCUAUUCACGCUACCCUCGAGCGUCGUCAGCGCGGUGGCCAGCAGCAGGGAGGUGGUCGUCAGCAGCAAGGCGGUGGUGGCCAGCAGCAGGGCGGUGGUGGCCAGCAGCAGGGUGGUGGUGGCCAGCAGCAGGGUGGUGGCGGCAAUAUACAGCUGGACCAAGAUGCUAUUCAGGCCGGUUCCGCUGACGAUGGCAACAACCCUGGCUCCAACGAGCAGGCUGCUUCUCAGACGUCGAGGAACAACUUUAUCAACUUCUGUUCUGGUCAGACUCUGACAAAUGGCAAGCAGAUCGAUACUGGAUCUUGCAACGGUAUUCCCAUGGGCCAAAUCCCCGCCCGACAGAACAUGAUCUCGGCCGUCAUGAUCAACCCCCAGAAUAAUGACCAGAUCCCGGCCGGACAGACAUUCCAGAUUCAGGUGCAGCUGUCGAACCUGGCCGCUGGCUCCUUCACCAACGCCACCACCACCUACUACUCGGCGCCCCAGGCCCUCAACCGCCAGGGCAACGUCAUCGGCCACACCCACGUCACCGUGCAGGACACCGGCCGCUCGCUCAACCCCAAGCAGCCGCUGGACCCCCAGAAGUUCGCCUUCUUCAAGGGCAUCAACGACGCCGGCAACGGCCAGGGUCUCCUGUCGGCCACCGUCACCGGUGGCCUGCCUCCUGGCAACUACCGCGUAUGCAGCAUGACGUCGGCCUCGAACCACCAGCCCGUGCUCAUGCCCAUUGCCCAGCGUGGUGCCCAGGAUGACUGCGUCCGCUUUCAAGCUGUCGGUGGCGGCGGUGGCCGCAACAACCAGCAGCAGGGCGGCGGUAACCAGCAGCAGGGUGGCGGUAACCAGCAGCAGGGUGGUGGUAACCAGCAGCAGGGUGGUGGUAACCAGCAGCAGGGUGGCGGUCGCCAGCAGCAGGGCGGUGGUGGCCAGCAGCAGGGCGCAGGCGGCCAGCAGCAGGGCGCAGGCGGCUUGCAGAACAACGGCCAAGUCGCCGGCGGUAAUCAGCAGCAAGGUGGCGGCAACCAGCAGCAAGGUGGCGGCAACCAGCAGCAAGGUGGCGGCAACCAGCAGCAGGGCGGCGGCAACCAACAGCAGGGCGGCGGCGGCGGUCGCGGCGGCGCCAGCCAGGCCAACGCCCUCGGCGGCGUGGCCGCUCCGGCCAUCACUCAGAGCAACGACCGCAACCGGCCCUUCUCCGUCGACGGCAACAGCUUCACGACCAAGGGCGACGCCGUCCAGCGCGCCUGCGACACGCAGCGCGCCGCCUGCCAGACGGGCAUCCAGCAGGGUGCCGUCCGCAACGUGCAGCCCCAGCAGUGCGAUAGCCAGCUCCAGCAGUGCGUCCAGGAGCUGUCGUAA